AUGGAGCCGCCGCCGGUGGAGCCGCAGGUGGCGGAGAUUGCCGCGGAGCCCGACCGCGCCGCCGCGUACGCGCGGUUGCUCCACCUGCAGCGCGGCUGCGCCGCCGACCCCUCCGCCGCCGCCGACCUCGCCGCGGAGUUGCCUUCCACCCUCCUCCCGCUCCUCCUCCUCGACGCGGCCGCCAAUGACGAGGCUGUCGCCGUUUCUGCGCUCAAGUGCCUCGGCUUCACGCUCUACCACCCCGUCCUGGUCUCCACCAUUUCAGCACAGAUGGCCCAAUUGGCAUUGGAUACCUUGGUACAGAUAAUCAUGAAUACUCGGAUGAAGUCGGCUUGUAAUUUGGGUGUCUGGUGCUUCUCGGUUCAACAAUUGGAGCCCUUGAUUAUAGAGGAUAGAGCAGAUCCAAUGCUUAUUGCUAUUGUUCAUGCCCUCGACAAUCCAUUUGGUUCAUUGUCCACAACAUUUGAGGCAGCUCAGGCUAUCAUGAAGCUUGCUGACCAAAGUCCCAAAAGAAUGAGGGACCAAUCAUGCUUGUGGGUUCCACCAGUGUACCGAAGACUCUUAAGUGCUGACAAGACAGAAAGGGACAUGGCAGAAAGAUGCCUUAUUAACGUGUCAUGCAUUAUUCUACCACCUCAGCCUCUUCUUUCCAAGGCUGUUGCUUCAGACCUUGAGCAGAAGUUACUCUCCUGCAUGGUAAAUAUGCUUGAUGAUCCUUCGGAGAAAGUUCAAACUGUGAAGUCAUGGGGAUGGAUCAUAUCUUUGCUUGGUCCAGAUGCAGUGAACAAUAGACCGCUGCUUAAUAAACUCCUAAAGGUUCCUGAGCAGAUGUUUACUGAUCUAAACCCACAAGUUCAGGUUGCUACAAUGGUUUCCUGGAAAAAAUUGGUGGAUGCAUUUUUUCCUUCUCAGGCAACUGAGAUUGUGGUCCAACAAACUGUGAUUCCCCCAUUAAAACCCAUUGAACAGGCAAGUGCAGAACUAUUCCAGGACAUGAUUCCUGAAACACUGGUGAUUGUUAUGGAUUCUGCAACAGAGAUUUUCAGAUUUCUUCUUCAAGGUAUUCAAAUCGAACUUAGAGAGCAGCAUGCUUAUGAACAAGUCAGCGAAUGCAUUACUAAUGUGUGCAUGUUUGCAAAGAAGUUGUUGCUGGAUCAUAUAAGAAAGAAUAGUGUUAACAAGUGUGCAACAUUACUGGAAUUUGGUCUUCGGUUUGUGAAAGUUAUUGUGGAUGAACUAGAUCAUUCUCUGUUAGCGUCUGAAAACAUUGAGGUAUGCCUAGACAUCGAGCACAUAAAGGAGAACCAACAGGCAGAAUACAGUCCAAAGGUGUCUUUACCAAGAAUCAGAUCACUCCCUUACAUGGAGAUGGUUUCUCCAGCAGUUUAUGUGGCUGCACUGUCUCUGUCCAUGAUAUCUCAGUAUACUGGAGAGCUGUCUCGUAGAGAUGCAGAGAAGUUGGUUUUAAUUCUGGCUUCAUCAGAUGUCCUGGAGAGUUUUCGUAUUGCUGUCUCUUUUAUGUAUAUGCAGAUCGGGCGGCCGACAUGUAAUAGGGAAAGAUUAAAAUGGUUGAUGGUUUGGAACUCGUUUGCAAAACAAUUGAACAGUCAAAUUAUCUCUUAUUUGGAAACCAAUUCUGGAUUAAGUUACCAUGAUGUUCUCCAUCAGUUCUUCUGUUAUCCAAUCCUUUAUUUUUUAUACCCCAAGGGGAUAUCCAUUCUUUUGAAUGCUGAAAACAGCUCUGAGUCAAAUGUUUCUGUCCUGCAAGACCUGGAGAUGGAAUCAACAAUUGAAGUUUAUAGAUCCCUCUCUACAAACUCCUGUAAUUCGAAGUUUUCUUCCAAGGUUUUCUUUGAUGGUUUUUACAAAUACUUGGUUUGCACUAUUGACGAAAACAUGGCAUUGUUCCAAGCCAACCUUGAGCAUUUGUCAGAGAAGUUUGAAAAUGCUACUAUCCUUUCUGCCCUUGGUGAAAUAGUUAUUGGACUGUUACAGAAUGAUCAAAUGUUGACCUCUGCUAACCAAGAGGUGAAGGAAACAAGUGAAGAUUCUUUUGUGUGCAAACAACCUAAACUUUUCUUGAAUUGGUUCAAGCUUGCUAAUAGGUUUAUGAGGUUGUCAAGUUUUCAUUUCAAAGCAAAUCCAGCUGGACAGCACCAGGUCACAAUCAGGUUUUUUUCAACUUUGUCUAAUCUUUCUGGGCAUCUCAUACUAAAGGAAGACGUUCUUCUUCUUUUCGAGAUUAUUGGAGACCAACUUACCGAGUGGCUCUCUUUAACAACCAUAUUAUACUCUGAAAUGCAACAAGGAGAAAUUAUUGUUCAUCUUGAGAACCUUUGGCUCAAGAUGGUUGAGUGCCUGAAGAGGAGUCAGCUAGUUAGUGAUGUACCCUUAAUAAAUCAGAAGCAGCGACUUCUUCAAGCUGCACUCAAUCACCCACAUCACCCCAUUUCAGUUGCAACAGCAUCAAUUUGCAGACCAGCAACACAUGGCAACGCAAUCCUGCACCCUGGUUGCUUAAUUUCUGAAUUUGAUGAGUUACUAAUGCAUAGAAGAAAGGCUCUCAAUAGCUCCAGGAAAACAGCCAUCACAUCGAAUUCUACUGAUCUCAUGGCUGAGAGAGAUGGUGGAUCUGUGAAUGUCUCGGUGGGUUUGGGGAGGAAGAGGCUGAAGAUCAUGAAGUAUUCAACUAAACCAAAGGAACUUAACAAAAGUAGAGCCCACAUGGGCUUCUCACCACGUAAUAUGGAAAAUACAGUGUGUAGGAAACCAGAAUUAAUAUUGGAGAUGCUACAGAGAAAGACAUAG